UGGCGCUUCGGGCAUGGGAAGCCACCGCGGAGCUCCCCACGGCGCGAUCCGAAGAAAAUUCGACAGCGCGACCCGCUGUUCGGAGUUGUCAAAUAUCACCGGAGUGACUGAUCCGAUAGGAAAUGCUCUGCAAGCACACAUUGAGCUUUCCAUGCGCCUGGCAUCCUAAUAUUAGCGAUUCCCAAAAAUGACAUACCAGAGUUACUACACCCUUCGGGAGUCCACAGGACUUUUGGACGCAGAUAUUGCCAACGCAGGGGCAGAGCAAACGUGGGGGUUCGACCCAUUGCUCUUGCUCGAGACCGUCGAGUUUCCCAAUGACAAAUCAGAAAAGCUUCUAAGACGAAGCAAAGCCGCACGAUGGCUGGCGCUCCAGCGACAAGCCCUCCCCAUCCCCCCAGACACCCCCCCACGUCCAAAGCUCCCGCACUCAUCAAACCAAUCCCUAUCCACCCCGCGCCCCAUCAUCAGCCUCCCCUACACAGUCGAAGAUGAGCCGGAAGUGCGCGAACGGCUCGCUCGGCUGGCAGCAGUCCUCAUCCUCCAAUCUCUGUAUCGCGGCUGGCGCACACGCAGGAAGUACAUUCAGGUGAUAUGUGGGCAGCUGACGGUUCAGACGCAUCGGCUGAGUCCGCCGGAUGUUGGGACGGGGCUGGGGACGGCUUUUCAGUUGGUGUUGCCGGCGGUGGAUGCGUAUUCGUUGAGUAUUCAGGAAAAAAUGCUGCGGCGCUACUACAGAUAUUGCACAUUCUUGGAACGAAGGAACCACUUCAGUCUCCCGCCGACAUUUCCAGAGUACGCUGCCACGUUCAUACAAUCGCUAUGGCGGAUGUGGGUAGUGCGGAAAAGCUAUCUGGCCUACAAGCGGAAGGUCGAGGGAGGAGAAGACCAAUCUACGGGCGUGGCGAUGAAGCAAAUGAUGUGGAAGAUGCGGAAAGCCGGGCAGCAUACAUCAUGGGACGCAGCGGCGAGGAAGAUACAAAUGCUGUGGCGAAGUUAUUACAAUCGAAAGAUAUACAAAAUCUACGGCGACAUGAUCAAAUUCAGGCUUCGGGGCGACCCGAAACGUCUGUUGAAGUUCAUCAACCCCCAGGAAGCGGCGCUGAUCGAUGCAUCCAUGGGUGCACAUGUGCGGUUUCGCCUGGGCGGAAAAUCCUUCCCACCAACCAUCUUCUACAAAGUCUACGUUCACAAAGCCCUGAUCGACAUGAACGCCUUCAGUCCGCGCGACUACACGUCCGCAGAGAGUAAACAAGCCUUACCUGUGAAGCUUUUCGAUAAGAUUGGACCUGCACCUGGGAUGGCUCUUUUCAAUGGAUGGUACAGAAGGGUCGAGAACAACGGCUGGCGACCAGUUUCAGACAAGAUACUUGAAGAAGACAGUGACUUAGCCCAAGAGAAAACCAAGACGAUACCAUAUCAUCAUCUGAAACUGAGGCGACGGCAGGAAGUCGAGCGCUCGCGGAGACAACGGAAGCUGAACUGGCUUCGAAAACUGUAUUACGAAGGUCGUCGAACAUUCCCUACGACUUCAACAACAGCCACAAAAGCAGCCGAGAGACCGUCCUCCCUUACGCCUCGGGCAACCGACCCACAUCAGGCACGUCCUCUCACUGGUGACGAGGACGCCGAAGCGACGGUCACAGCCUCCCGCAUACUACCGCCAACGCCGAUGACCGAAAGAUCAUUGGAGGCUGCAUUGGAAGCCGAACUUGAGCCCGACUUCUUGAUAACAUGGACGCGGGCGCUCGAUUUCGAUGGGUAUGUGAGGGAUUGGUGCGGCUUGGCUACGAGCGGGUUGUCCGAAGAUCCACGAACCUUUGCAUUCGGGCUCGCAGAGCACGCGGACUUGCUGCAUCAGCACCAGAAAGAACUGCUCAGAGAGGAAGCGAGGGAGGAGGACAUCGAUGGGGUCGAUCCGGAAGGCGUGAAGAAGUUGCGGCCGUGGUCGGGCAAGUCCAACCGUUCCGUAAGGGAUCUGAUGAUCACGCAGAGGGAGAUGGCCGACUUUUGAGAGUAGAGGACCGCGGGAAGCCUCCUAGACUCGAUACCCCAUGACGGCCUUGGCAACUCGGCUGCUUCGUGGCUGGAGGCAGCGAUCGAUGGGAAAGUACAUCCGGGGUCGUCGUCGCCACAUAAUCUGUCACAACGAUGGCGUAAUUUUUUCAAACCGAAAACGAAAUUCUGCCGCUCUCAGUGGUUCUGAGCGGAGUUGAUCCGGCUGCCAGCAGU